AUGCUCUCCCGGCUGGGGGAAGGAGCUCUAGAAAAGCUACAGACAACAAAGAACAUCGCAAAGGAGUGUCUAAACCGAGCCCUAGGCUACGCAGACAAAGAUACAGAAGAGAAAGACAUAAAGAAAGCUCCCGACAAGGCUCCGAAGGGGGAGGUGGAACAGUCGAUGAUUUUCAAGCGCGACGCUGCCUACGAAGAAGAGCUCGAAACAGUUGAGGACGAAGAUGACGAGGACUUGGUCCUCAUAACGCAUCAGCCAUGCAGGGUCGGAAUCGAGAGGAAGAAGCCAACAUCACAGCCAAAUGGGAAGCAGGAGAAGUUCCAGAACUUGGAACUUGGAGAGGAGAGAUUUGACGAGGUUUCGUUAGAUAAAUACUCUCUUUCGGCUCUGGCAUCCUCCACACAACUAGCCGGGAUGUUUGGACGCUCGAACCUAUUGCAUGGCAUGGUGCAUGGCGAUGGUGGACAGUAUCUUUAUUGCCUAGGAAUUGUGGGAGAGAUUGUCGAAAUUUCAUUCUCUGUCUAG